CAUUGACUGUCAGAUUGGCUCAUUACCUCUUCUGUUUAUUCGAUUUCUCUCCCUGUUCAAAAAUUCAUAAUUUUUAUUUACACAGAAAUAUUGCUUUGUCACUCACUUCAGUCAUCAUCAUCAGAUCACUCUCUUUAUCAAGCAGCAAUCUUCAGACAGGAACAAUAAAAACCAAUGUCUGGUUUGAGUUUGCUGUGCUUAAUUUUAUUUUUUACUUCGCUACCACAUGCGAUUCUCUCAAAACUUGAACAUGUGGAAGCUCUACUUAAUCGUUUGGAUUCUAAACGCUCAUCUUCAUCGGUUCAAGAGUCAGCAGCUAAAGCCGUCUUGAAGAGAUUGCUUCCCACCCAUGUACAUAGCUUUGACUUCAAAAUUGUCUCCAAGGAUGUUUGUGGGGGACAGAGUUGCUUUUUGAUAGAUAAUUAUGAGCGAUCUGGCCAGAAUGAUCCUGAGAUAAUGAUUAGAGGGACUGCUGGAGUUGAAAUCACAUCUGGACUCCAUUGGUACAUCAAAUAUUGGUGUGGUGCUCAUGUUUCAUGGGACAAGACUGGUGGCAUUCAGAUAGCAUCUGUUCCCAGUCCAGGUUCAUUGCCACUUGUAAAAGAUGCAGGUGUGAGGAUUCAACGGCCAGUCCCAUGGAACUAUUACCAAAAUGUUGUUACAUCUAGUUAUUCAUACGUUUGGUGGGAUUGGGAGAAAUGGGAGAAAGAGAUUGACUGGAUGGCUCUUCAAGGGAUUAACCUUCCCUUGGCAUUUACUGGGCAAGAAUCCAUUUGGCAAAAGGUUUUUAUGAAUUUUAACAUUAGCAUGGAAGAUUUGAAUGAUUUCUUUGGUGGACCCGCCUUCCUUGCUUGGGCACGAAUGGGAAACUUGCAUGGAUGGGGUGGGCCUUUAUCACAAAAUUGGUUAAAUCAACAACUGCUUUUGCAGAAACAGAUACUAUCUCGAAUGCUGGAGCUGGGCAUGACUCCUGUUCUGCCAUCAUUCUCAGGGAACGUUCCAGCAGCCUUAAAGAAGACCUUCCCUUCGGCAAAUAUAACCAGACUUGGGGACUGGAACACUGUGGAUGGUAAUCCUAAGUGGUGCUGCACUUACCUUCUUGAUCCUACUGAUCCAUUAUUUAUCAAAAUAGGAGAGGCCUUUAUCAGGCUGCAAAUCGCAGAAUACGGGGAUGUGACGGACAUCUACAAUUGUGAUACUUUCAAUGAAAAUUCUCCACCCACAAAUGAUCCAACAUUUAUUUCAUCACUUGGAGCUGCAGUAUAUAAAGCGAUGGCCAAGGGUGAUAAAGAUGCUGUGUGGUUAAUGCAAGGUUGGCUCUUCUACUCAGACUCUGCUUUCUGGAAGCCACCCCAAAUGAAAGCACUUUUACACUCUGUUCCACUUGGGAAAAUGAUAGUUCUUGAUCUAUUUGCUGAUGUCAAACCAAUAUGGAAAACUUCCUCUCAAUUUUAUGAUACCCCUUAUGUCUGGUGUAUGUUGCAUAAUUUUGGCGGAAAUAUUGAAAUGUAUGGCAUAUUGGAUGCAAUUUCUUCAGGUCCGGUUGAUGCUCAUGUCAGUGAAAAUUCAACCAUGGUUGGUGUUGGCAUGUGCAUGGAAGGGAUAGAGCAAAACCCGGUUGUUUAUGAGUUAAUGUCAGAAAUGGCUUUCCGUAACAAAAAAGUUCAAGUGCUGGAAUGGUUGAAGACAUAUGCCUGUAGGCGCUAUGGUAAGGCUGUUCACCAGACUGAGGCAGCUUGGGAAAUUCUUUAUCACACAGUUUACAAUUGUACAGAUGGAAUUGCUGACCAUAACAUUGACUUCAUAGUUAAAUUCCCUGAUUGGAAUCCAUCACCAGGAUCUCACAUAUCAAAGCAAGACCAGAUGCCAGGGCCUAGAAGAUACUUAUUCCAAGAAAAGAGCUCUCAAUUGCCUCAGGCUCAUUUAUGGUAUUCUACUCAGGAGGUUGUCAAUGCCUUAAAACUGUUGAUCGAUGCUGGAAAUGAUCUAGCUGGUAGUUCCACAUACAGAUAUGACUUGGUUGACUUAACACGUCAAGUAUUGUCAAAGCUAGCAAACAAAGUGUACUUGGACGCAAUGGUUGCUUUCCAAAAGAAGGAUGUCAAAUCAUUUAGUCUUUAUACCCAAAAUUUUCUUCAACUAAUUAAGGAUAUUGAUGUACUACUUGCUUCUGAUGAUAACUUUCUACUUGGUACAUGGCUUGAAAGUGCAAAAAAGUUGGCUUUAAAUCCUAGUGAAAUGAGAAAGUAUGAGUGGAAUGCAAGAACACAAGUGACAAUGUGGUAUGACACCAACAAAACCAUGCAGAGCCGGCUUCAUGAUUAUGCAAACAAAUUCUGGAGUGGGCUAUUAGAAGAUUACUAUCUUCCACGAGCAACAACAUAUUUUGGUUAUCUGUGGAAAAGCUUGAGAGAUAAUGAAGACUUCAAGUUGGAGGAAUGGAGGAAAGAAUGGAUAUCCUUCUCAACUAAUUGGCAAGCAGGUACAAAUCUUUACCCAGUCAAGGCCAAAGGAGAUCCCCUUUCUAUUUCUAGAUCGUUAUAUGGUAAAUAUUUCAGUCAGUUCAAAUGAGCUGUGAUAAACUAAGAACUGAUUAGGGAGUUUAUCGUCAGUGCAUGUAUUUUAUUUGGAUCAAUUACAACUUUAAGAGGCAAUUAGCGGUUAUUGUGGCCUACAUGUACUGGUUUGAGUGCUGUAUGACUCCAUUGAUGCAAUGAAAACACAGUCACUUCAUUAAA